AUCGGGCCGGGCAGGGCGGCGCUGGAGCCCUCAGCAGGGACGGGAGCGGGACGCGGCGUGUGGGAUCCGUGUCCCCGUGUCACCGUGUCCCCGUGUCCCCAUGCCCGCUGUCCGCUCUCUGUGAGCGGCGCCAUCCCAAAAUGAGCCGUGCUUGGCAGGCGCUCCGCGCUUUGCGGCUGCGGCUCAUGGGGCCCACCAAGGAGCUGGUGGGCACCGACCAGUUUGGCAACAAGUACUACCGGGUGCCCAAGCACGAGAGCCGCGCAGGGCAGGUUAUACCAGAAAGAAGAUUUGUAGAAGCAGUAAAUCGUGAAGCAUAUCAGUAUCAAAUUGGUGACUUUCCAGCAGAAUGGGAAGCAUGGAUAAGAAAAAAGAGGGAAGAUCCACCCACCAUUGAGGAGAUUCUUAAGAAUGAAAAUUAUAGAGAAGAAAUGAAACAGAAAGUCAAGGAUGUAUCUGAAAAGGAUAGGCUGCUUCAGGCUAAGGAAUACGAGGAAGGACUCGUUGCUGAGCCAAGUCAUACUCAGGUCAAAGGCCACGCAUCUGCCCCUUACUAUGGAAAGAAGGAGACCUCAGAAGACCCCACGAGCACUGCAAAUACCUUCCAGCCAGGYGCCUGGAAGCCACCAGGCAGUGACAGUAGUCAAAAUAAAUAAGCAAUUUACUGGACAGAUGCUGUUAAUGGAUAAAUAUUUUAACAGACAACAUAUGCAGCUGUUAUAUACAAGAGUGCAAUAAAGUAGUAUCAAAGCAGUUUCAUUUACUUUUGCAGAACUAUACAAAUAGGCUUAAUCAUGACAAAGUAUUGUAAAACAUUUCAGGUUUAUUAAAAAACAGGAUGUGUUACUAAGUAAGUUUGGUUUUGACAGUUGCAGUUCAUCAGUUACUCUUGAAUUCAUAGUUACAAGGUUGUCUAUCUAAAUUUUCUUGAAGUCUAAAUCGAUUUCUUCCUUGAAGACUGAUUUACUUUUAAAACUAUUUUUGGUGUAAAAAUUGUAGUCAAUACAGUUGCAUUUUCCCAAACCUUGGCUAAGCUGUCUCCUCAAAAUAAAUCCCCUGGUAGUGCCAGUGUGCUUUCUGCUGGCAAGCAGAUGGAAAAUUUGAUUUCAUUAACAGGAAUCACUGUGACUCUACACUGAUUAAGCACUGUACUCAUCGUAAAGAUGUUCUUGUCACUUUAAACAGUCAAAAUAUUUGUAUGUUUCAUUUACACACAGCAAUUCAGUUAUACUAACAUCUGUAAGAGAAGCUAGAAAUCUUUGAUAAAGCUGCUGGAAAACAACACUAGGACAAGGGACUGUCAAGAAUAUUUUUUUAGAAAAUCAGCUUUUAUUUCUGGUGAGUAGAAAGAUCUGUGGUCUUCCAUAGGUUAUUAGAUCAUUUUGGCCUUCAUUYAGAUACAUAAAAUGUGCAGAUUAUUUGCUUAGAUAUGAUGUUUGAAAACCUCAAAUAAAAAUAGAGACCACACAAUUUUUUUUCAAAAAGUAUCAAAUUUAUUUAUGGAUUUUAUCCCUCAUCAGUCUCCUCCCUGUGUUUCAAGCUAUGUAGGUAUCAAAGGUGGAACACAUACAUAUUUGACAACACUUAAUACAAAACAUGGAGAUUUAAUCUCACAUAUCUAUGAAAUGCCCAAAUGUCAUAAUCUAAUGCUUGCUUUCACCAACAAAAUUGAAAGGGGAUCAACUUCACACUUACUUAAAGUAAUUGCAGUUAGUCUCCCCACUUCUGAUCCCCUUUGGUGCCAGCCAGCUCUAUAGGUCUCUUCAUUUGAACAAUAGUAUUAUUUUACAGUUUUAUUUUUAAACCUAAUCAAAGAGUAGCUGCUAGAAUGCACAACCCUGUGCUGCUAUUUAGAAAUAUGCAAAAUGUAAAAAGUUAUAAUGACUGCCACAAGCUCUUCUGAAUUAGCUAUG